CCCCGUCCAGGGCCGGCUGCUGCACAGAGGACCCCGGAGGCCCCGACAGCGCCCGCCGGCCCCAGAAGGGACAGCUAUUGGGCAGAGGAAAGGGCCCGAUUGUCUCGGGGCCCGGAAGAGCGCGCGGUGCUGCUGAAAAGCGCGGGGGAAGGUGGCCGCUUCGCCCAGCAGCCUGCCGCCCCGAGCCGUUGGGGGGAUUAACGUCAGCGUUGGCGAGCAGGGCCGCGAAGGGGAGGGUCCGGCCCGGCAGCCCCCGUCCCGCCGGGGCCCCUCCGGACAAUGCGGUCAUUGUGGGCGCCCAGAGCGGUUAAUUCCAGAUGAAUGGGGCCCAGGGCCUCUUGACCGAGGCCGUUGGCCGUCCCCGAGCUGUCCCCCCGCACGCAGGGACGCCCCUGGCCCUGGAAUCUGGCAGGAAGGGCCGGGCCGGCUGGGGAGGCCCCGGGGUCCACCUCAGAGAGCACGCAGGGGCCUGGCCCACCCUUGGCCAUGGCCUCCUGGCUCGGGGGCAGCGCGGACCCUGAUCCGCUCACGGCCCUGCUUGUCAUCAUCCUCUUGGUGCGCUUCAUCCUGUGGGCCGGCCUGGGCGCCUUCAUCGACGGCAGGCUGGCCCGACGGCAGCCCCCCAAGCCAAAGGAGGACUAGGGCCUGCUCCUCUGGAGGGGGCUUUGCCCCAGAGAAAGGACACCAACGGGGAGGUGAAUGGCUCCUGCGUCCCCCCCACCCAGGGCAGUCUCUACUGGGUGGGCGGUGGGAGAACGGGAGGCCCAGGGACGCGGAAGAUGGUCGUGCCUACCCAGACGGCCCAGGGCUGCCCGGUGGGGUGCAGAGGGACCCUCACUGCCGUUGGUCCUGCAUCAAGGCUCCCACGUUCUGGAGAGCCCCGCUGGGGCAACAGGGAGGGGCCCUGCCCUGGAACUUUCUCUGUGUCCAACUCUGUGGCUGUUUCUGUGGGAAUCUGUGGGAAGUGGCUGGGGUGCACCCCUGGGGCUGGGCAGAGGCCACUAGGACAGUGACAGCCUCCUAGUCCAGGCCUGCUGCUGGCCCGAGAGGAAGUGCUGCGGCUGCCUCGGUUUUCCCUGGAGCCAACCCUGGGAAGGCUCCGAAGACAGAUUAUGAGACCCAAGUCCAGGCCAGCACCGGAGGCCCCUGAGGAAACCCUCUCCCUGCCAGGACCACAGCAUCACCCUCUCUAAAAUGGGCAGAGCGGCCCCUGCUGCCUUCCCUCAGAAAGCCGCCACGGGGUCUGCUUGGGGUGCAGUGGGAAAGUCACCCCCCUUCCAGUCUGCAAACUGCAGGCUCGAGGACCCAGAGCCUCGGUCCCCGGGGCCGCUGAGUGUGUGGCCAAGGUGUGGUGGGACCUGGAUGGGGGCCCAGAUCCAGCACCCGCUGCCACCUCCCCACCCCCACUGCAAUGCGCCCCCAGACUCAACCGGCGACAGGCCAGGUCGGUGGUCCCUAGCUGGCCACAGAUUCGAAUCAGCCAGGGUUGGGGGGUGGGGAUUUGGGGACACCCUGGUGCCCACCCCAACCCCAGGCCAACACUGCUGACAGGUCUGGAGGUGGGUCCUGGCACCUCUCUCUUCCGGAUGCUUCCGGAGGACCCUGAAGCACAUGGAGCAUGGAUGACCUGGGAGGG